AUGGUGUCAGGAUAUCUGUACGGUGGAGCAGACCCUAAUAAGUAUGCGAUGACUGUAGACACCAUCAGUAACAUCAGUGUGCUGAAUAUUUCGUCAUUGGAGUUCCCGCUUGAUCAAAGCAGAUAUUGGUGUAAAGUUGAAUUUGGCAGAGCCAGUGAGCCAUUUUACGCCAUGGGUUCCAACUCAACGAUGCUGGAAGUAAUGGUUUUUCCAACCACGGUUAUCUUAUCGGACUCAACGGGAGCGUACCCAUUCAGAGGUGGCACUGCAUACUUUGUAGAGGGAGAAAGUCGGCAAAUGAUGUGCGUGAUACCAGACACCAAUCCAUAUCUUGGUUGGGUCCAGUCUAUGUGUAAUCCACAAACAAAGGCUUUUAUGAUACGUUUUGAAGUGCCACCGAAGGUCUCCAACAUAUUACUGUCUGACUCAAGCGGUGUGUCAAUUGCUGGAGAUUCAGUGACUGUUGACGAAGGUACAUCCUACACCUUUACAUGCCGAGCCCAGUCCAGACCAGCAGCUACCAUCCAGUGGAAUCUUGGUGCGAGCACUUACCCACAGAGUACGAUCGGCCCGACCGUUGGAGAAGGGGAUUGGCUGGUCAAUGCUUCGAGCAACUGGACAUUCACUCCCGGCCGAGCCAACCACGGGCAAACGGUGAUAUGCCUGGCGAGCACGGAAGAUUCAUAUGAGCCAUACCCGUCGGAUAUGGUCACAUUGGAAGUAAAUGGUCCUCCUGAUACCCCUGUGAUAACCGGCAGCCCAAUCGUGACCGAGAAUGAGCCCACCGUGCUGACAUGCACAGCUGACAUGGGUUACCCGCAAGACUGGAGCCUGGUAUGGUCCAUUGGAAGCUCAGUCAUAACUGGUUCAACUACAAGCCCGUAUCAAUCGGACGAUCGCUUUGCAUUCACGAGCUCGCUGGAAUUCACGCCAUCAAGAGAACUCAGCGGAGAGUACAUAUCGUGUGCUGCAACGAGAAGAAUCACAGUAGAGUUCAAUUUAGAUUCCGGCACUGUGACAAUUGAAGGGUUGAAAGUGGUUAAUGGAUGCAUCCAGUUGGAGGUAAUACGCGAAGGCAGCGCCGCCUGGCAGAAGUGUGGGCGCUGUAUCGCGUCAGACCAGACGGUGAAGCUCUCUGAAUGGUGUGCAUCUCCAGAGAAGCGAAGAAGACGAGCUGUAGCGGAUGUAGUAGCCGUCCGCGCCAGACUAUGCAUCGGUGGUUUGUGCAGUGAAGCAGUACCUGCCAAACAAGUGGAAGAUCCACCUGCAUCAACGAGCAGCAGCAUUAACUGGGUCGUUGUCGGAGCCAGCGUCGGUGCCGGGAUGUUUGUCAUGGUGUUUUCAAUUGCGAUUGGUGUCUGCGCAAGGAGGAGGUUUAAGAAACGGAGCAAUGAAAUGGAUACCAUCGGUGAACCCGCAGAUCAAAACCAAGUAGUGGUACCAUACUCGAAUGUUUCAAUGGGACACCAAGCUAUCCCGCGGGAUCAGCUGAGGUCUGUCCGAGAGCUCGGACAUGGCGCCUUUGGUCGGGUUUUUCUAGCCGAGGCCAGGGGUAUCACAGAGGGGUUGAAAGUUACACUGGUUGCCGUCAAAACGCUUCAAGAUGGAGCCAGCAAGAGUGAUAAAGCAGAUCUCAUGAAAGAACUUGACUUGAUGAAGAAGCUUCCAGACAAUGCAAAUGUAGUCAGGCUCCUCGGAUUCUCCGUGGAGAAAGAUCCGCCGUACAUCAUCGUGGAGUAUCUGUCGAGGGGGGACCUCAAGACCCUUCUGCACAAACAUAUCGGUAAGGUUGGGCGUGUCUACAGCAACCUGCACGGGGGCAGUACUUCCUUGACCGCCAAAGAUCUGAUGAAGUUCGCUAAGGACGUGGCUGAUGGGAUGGCGUUCAUCUCUUCCCAACAGUGCAUUCACAGGGACCUAGCUGCCCGUAACGUGCUUGUGGCCGAGGACAUGACGUGUAAGGUGUCUGAUUUCGGACUUGCUCGUGACGUCAUGAACAUCAGAGUUUACGAGCACCGAUCACAGGGUCGCUUGCCUCUUCGAUGGAUGGCGAUUGAGUCCCUAAUCCACGACGUGUACACAGCAGAGAGUGACGUAUGGUCUUAUGGCGUACUCUUGUGGGAAAUCGUCACCCUUGGAGCUCGUCCAUACCCAGCAAUGACUACUGAGAUGAUGGUGGAAAAGCUUCAAUCCGGCUACCGCAUGCCCAAACCAAAAAACUGUCAGCUGGAACUAUAUGACAUGAUGUUGGCAUGUUGGCAAGAAGACCCUGGGGAUCGACCCUCGUUUGCGAUGAUCAGCGACGAGCUGAACAAACGUAUGAAUGUGGGAAAGGAAUGCAUCUCCAUGAGAGACUACGAAGAAACUAUCUACGAGGUCACUCUCCCGAUAGGCGAACACGAAAGGGUGUAGACCAUAACAAACUGACAAAAAACAGCAUCCCGCUAAAAAGUAAUGCGGACAUCAGACAAUCCCAGAAAUGUUCGACUUCACACCCUUGUCCAUUUGAGUUAUCCUUUCCCGAAGACGUGCCUUGUGUUGCCUUAUUAGUUGUUGACUACCAGACCAUGUCAGAAAAAAACAUCUUUAAUUUCCUAAUGGAUAGGACGAUCUGUUUCCACUCCUUAAAGGCAUUGCUAUGCCCAAGGUUUAUCUAGUUCCAUUGUGAAACUUAGUGUUCUUAUCAUUCCCUUCUCUUGACUACCAGACUAUGUCAGAAAAAAAACAUCUUCAACUACCUAAUUGAGUACGACAAUCUGUUAUCACUGUUACUAGUGUGAAAAUAACUGUUCAUAUUAUUCUCUUCCUGUUGUAGCUUUAAUUGUGUACGUUCUUAUUUUUUGGCAUUGAAA